AUGAGCAGUACCAGAAAUAUCAGUAGCAAUCAUUUAUGCCCACCACAUCUCGCUCUUCAACAGCAGCAGCAGCAGACGACGAAUAACAACAAUGGUAGUAGCAUGUCUUUAUCAUCUUCGACAUCAUCGCUUUUGUCAAUGUAUCCAUCUGUUGACGAUUUGCAACAAGGCUUUCAACCACCACCCGAUAGCAGCCAGGCUUAUUAUGGCUCGUCAUUAACGCCAUCAUCAAUAAGAGAUAGCGAAACAAAGACCAAAAGCGGUGUUGAAAGUAGCAACAGCAGUAGUAGUCAGCAGCCACAUGGCGAAUUUAAAGCGACGUUUUACAACCCGUUUGAAACCAAGCAUCGAAGACGCACUUCACCCACUCAAUUUCGAAUUCUCGAAGCAGCAUUUGAGGAUAAUCCAAAACCGAGUGCUGCCAAGCGACAAAGUUUGGCUGAAGAGUUGUCAAUGACAGCUCGAGGUGUACAAAUUUGGUUCCAGAACAGACGUGCCAAGGCCAAACAACAGCAGCAAAGUGAUGCUGUUGAAGAAUCAUUGUCAACAAGUCGUAAGCGACAACAUGGUUCGGAAGAGGAUGAAAAGAGGCAAUCACACGAGAGUAACAACAAGCGACGUGUGGCGGUGGUGCAAAAGCGGUCGGCUGGUAAGCCGUUGUACACUGAGUGGGAUAGCCAAGAGCCCCUUCACCAACAACAGCAUCACAGCGUGACCAAUGAGGGGCAAGUGCAUGUGACCUCAUCAUCUCCCACAUCUUCGCACGCUUACAGUAGUAGCAGCAACAGCAACGUUGGCGAUGAUGGUAUUACCGGAAUGCACCCGACAGCAGCAUCAGCCAUGGCUCAUACUCGUUUGCAGCAGCAGCAUUCACAAACAUCAGUACCACCCAUGUGCUUUGCCACUGAUACAACAUCGUCAUCGUCUUCAAGUCCUAUUGACCCUGCAUUUGAGUUGCCUAUGACACCUUCCAUGUCACCAGCUACUUCUUCAAUGUAUGACUCUUACCCAACAUUGCACGUUCGACAUGCAGCUACUGCAUCAUCCAUGGUUGAUCAGCAGAUUUACGCCACCACCACUUCACCUUGCAAACCUGCAUGGACAUCGCAUCAUGGCUUUGAUGAAGAGGCUUUUCCAAUAGAGUCAUCAUUUGCUUAUCAUCAUCACCCGCAUCAGAGCACCGUGUCGGAUUGGUCCCCGAUGUCCCGAUCCGUUAGCACACCCCUUUUGUGGCAAGGUAGCAAUUCUGGUGAUAUGCAACACAACCACCACCACCAUCAUCACCACCACAGCUCAUCCUCGUAUUUACCGGUUUGGGCAUCAUCAACAGAUGAGGUGGUGUCAACUACUCCCACUACUACUACUCCCACUACACCUACUCUUGUUGUAACGCCGUCAUCCUGUGUGCAACCACCACUAUCCAUUGGAGUAGCAACAUCUGAUGCUACAGCUGCUGACGAGAAUAAAAAUGCUUUUGAUGAUCUCGCUCGUUUCAUUACUGCUGCUGUGGUGGACUAUUCUGGCACUAACAUCUCUGCACCCUCCUCCACACCUUUUGAUAUUCGCUGCUGGCCGGAGCUGGUGUCGAUGUAA